UUCCUGAACACCUCAGCUCCUCCACGGAGAGUGUUUUCAUCCCUUCCUCUGCGGACUUCUCUAACCUCAUCUCCGGCUUAAAAACCCCUCUGACACCCCGGAUCCCUCCCGCUUUAACCCCCGAAACCACAACCCGGAGGUCGGUGCUCCGGACCCGGGAGAUAAGAACCGUUGACCGGGAAAGAGGAGUUAGCUGCGGGGCUAGCAGAGCGUUAGCAUCACGGAGAAAGCUCCGGACCAGCGGGCAGAGGAGCACAUUAUGGCCGCAGGAAGCGUCUCUCAGACCGGGGAGGAGAAAGGAGUGAGCCGGGGUCAGAGUGACGUGAACAGGAAGUUGAAGUACAUCAGUCUAGCGGUGUUGGUGGUCCAGAAUGCGUCGCUCAUCCUCAGUAUCCGAUACGUACGAACUCUGCCCGGCGACCGAUUCUUCACCACGUCGGCGGUGGUGAUGGCCGAGGUGUUGAAGGUGAUCACAUGUCUGCUUAUCAUCCUGCUGCAGAAGAGAUGUAAUGUGAAGCAGACGGCUCUCUUCCUGGUCGACUCCCUGGUGUUUCAGUACAAAGACACUCUGAAGUUGGCCGUCCCCUCGCUCAUCUACACGCUGCAGAACAACUUGCAGUACAUCGCCAUCUCCAACCUGCCCGCCGCCACCUUCCAGGUGACGUACCAGCUGAAGAUCCUCACCACGGCUCUGUUCAGCGUCAUGAUGCUCAGGAAGUCUCUCUCCAGAGUUCAGUGGGUCUCUCUGCUGCUGCUGUUCGCCGGGGUCGCCGUCGUUCAGGUGCAGCAGGAGGGGAAGAAGGAGGCGUCGGUGUCGGACGGCACCAACCAGAACUACACCGUGGGCCUGGUUGCCGUGGUGAUCAGCUGCUUGUCGUCGGGUUUCGCCGGCGUCUACUUUGAGAAGAUCCUGAAGGGCAGCUCGGCCUCCGUGUGGAUGAGGAACAUCCAACUGGGCGUGUUCGGCAUGGCGCUCGGCAUGCUGGGACUUUGGUGGAACGACGGAGACGCCAUCGCCGAGCGCGGCUUCUUUUUCGGCUACACGGGCAUGGUGUGGUGCGUCAUCUUCAACCAGGCGUUCGGAGGGCUGCUGGUUGCCGUGGUGGUGAAAUACGCCGACAACAUCCUGAAGGGAUUCGCCACGUCCUUCUCCAUCAUCGUCUCCACGGUGACGUCCAUCUACCUGUUCGGUUUCCACGUGGACCUGCUCUUCACGGUGGGGGCGGGGCUUGUGAUUGGAGCCGUCUACAUGUACAGCCUCCCCAAAGCGGCGCCCAGCUCCUCGUCUCCUUCCUCCUCCUCCUCGUCCUCGUCCCCUUCCUCCUCCUCGUCCUCCUCGGCGUCUUCAGCGUUGAACGGAGGCGUCGAGAUGGAGGCGUUUCUGCCAAAAAAUAAAGAGCGAGGCGUCGAGUCUCCUCCCCUCGCCGUCUCCAUCACAGACUAAAGCACAACAGAUGGAGCAUGAUGAUGAGGAGGAGGAUGAAGACCACCUGUCUGUCUGUCUGUUUCCUCUCUGCCUUAAAACUCUUUACUUUACUAACUGAAUGAAAGGAGAAGCCUUACGGGGCGCCGGACAUAUUACUGCUCUGAUCCUCUGUCUUCACUGAGCAGCCGCAAAUAUACAAUACAAUAUUA